CAUUCAAGAGCGCAAUUGGGCUCUUCCAAAGCUCUCCAGCCCGCCAUUAAAAUGGCCGCCCCCCAUUCGACAGGAGGGCAAUCUGGCCCAGCCUCCAAAAAGCGCGGCCCCCCAGCUCCCGGAGGCCGUAGCGACGCCUUCCUCCAGAAGCGCGCCAAGGUCUACGCUGCACGAAAUAUCCCAGCUCAGCCUGCCGAUGCCGCGCUCAAGGAUGGCGAGCUGGAUUUGGUGGCCUUUGUGGCCGCUCACGAGUUUGAGAUCCGCGCUCUCGAGCAGAGCAUGGCCGCGUCCAAGGCUGUGAGGAGCAGCAGGGCGUUCCAGCAGGUGCCCCGCGGCUUGAGAAGACGGACAGCGAGUCACAACCCCAAGCGAGUGCCACGGAGACUGCGGGCAAGGGCGAGGAAAGAGAUGCACGAAGAUAAUACGCCCCUGGUCGAGUCUCGAAAGAGGAAACCAACAACGACGAGAGCAAGGAUACGAGCUCAGACAGCCAAGAGACUACGGAUACUCGCAGCGCGGAAGAGAAAGAAGAAGGAAAAGAAGAGCAGCGAGGCUUCCGCCAAAGCUAAUACCCAGGGCUCCAACGAAACCACCAAAGAUGCUGGCGUCGUGGGGAGGAAACCAAGGCCCAAGAUUCGAAGAAACGCGCUCAACGAGCCUCCCAAGCCACCCGCAAAAUUCAGGAAGCGCCAGAUUGACAAAACAUGGCUCCCCACCCAUCGAUGGCACGCAAAGAGGGCUCGAAUGACGGAACCCAAAGAGCCUCUGUGGCGCUUUGCAAUCCCCUUGACACCAAACGAGAAGAUUUACCGGCCAACCCACAGAGCGCAGGGAGAACGAGGCACCAUGGUUUGGGACAUGACUUAUAUGAGUACUAUUGGCUUAUACGGAAACUACGCCGGCUUGGUGAGAGUCCUCCAAAAGGUCGGGGUCACGCAUGACUCCUGCUGGAACGAUAAGGGAAGAAGAUGGAGACAGGGUACCCGGGCCUGGACUGGCGUCUUGAGCAGAGAGAGAGCUGGAGUCCAACGGCCAAUGUGCCAAUCUACCGUGAUUUGGGACCCCGAAUCAAAACAAAGUGUCGACGCAGGAGACGAAGCAGGAAGAGAACCAGAACAAGGCAGAGAUGAGAAAAAGAUCCAGAGGCGGGUCUUUAUCAGGGUUCACCCUUCAGCUUUUCUGGAGCUAUUCAAUGAGCUGCUGCGCUUGACAAAGAUGGAGAACCCUCGGCUGUACAUUGAAGAUCUUCGCUUCGAAAUCGGAAGCAUAGAACUCUCUGGUCCCGCAUCCACAGAGGCAUUGCUGUCUGUCCUGUCGGCGUAUCCUUCGGGGUCAAACUCAAAGAACAAACAUGCCGAGCUAUUCGAAUCAUUAAAGGGGCUAACGAAUCCAGCGGCUCUACCAAACAACUCAGUAUUAAACUUUACCAUCCAGGAUCCUCGAUUACGAUACCCGCCGCGGAAGAUGGAAUUUCCAGAGACUGAACAGGCUCAGAUGCAUCUUCUAGAGACAAUCGCCAGCUGGCCGGCUGAAAAAAAUCUACAGCCAUCACUCUUAUUCGACCGAAAUGUCCGCCACAGAGCCUCAUGUUUGCCAUCACAAAAGUCCAUCAACAGGCGAAGGAGUAAAGUUACCCCUGGCGUGCUUCUGAAGCCAACAGUUCUAGACCCUGCCAUCCCAAUCACUCUCAUCGCAUCUCGUUCCGCAGUCGGCACACAAGCACAGGGAACAUGGACUCUGCUUGCUCCCUGGAAAUGUAUCCUUCCUCUGUGGUACAGCAUCGUCCACUGUCCGCUCGUCUCGGGCGGCAACCCGCGGUUCGCAGGCCUGAACGAGACGAUGCAAGUUGCCUUUGAGCGCAGCCUCCCGUGGUUCCCGGCCGACUUCCUCGGCACGGAUGCCGGCGCAGAGUGGGAGCUUGAGCGGAGGCGAAUACGCAAGAGAGACUGGGCGAAACGCCCCAAGAGCAAGAGGGUUGAGUGGGCAUCCCUUAGUUUGGGCGCUGGGCGACAGGGGGAGAUAGGUGACGGACAUGCUUGCGAUUUUGAAUUCCUGUUUGGUCUUGGACAGCAGCAGCAUCAGGUUCAUAUCAAAAACUCAAAGCCCCCGCCAGAUGGCCAUGAUUCGGGAGAGGCAAUGGACGUCGACCGAGCAGACCCGGAGCCAGCGACUGUCAAGAAGAAGGGUGUUGGCGUCGACGAAUUGCCAUAUCUCAAGCUGUUGACGAGCAUCUCCAAGGCCACAUUCAACAGUCUCGUCUCAUCGCCUGCGGUCGCACCUUCGCCGCUUCCCCCAAAUCCAAUCGUCUGCGUCCGGAUCUCGCUUCUUUCACGAGGCGUUGUUGGCUCAUGCGCGAGAAUCUACCGCCUCCCUGCUGUGCCUACUCCCAUACCACCAUCUUCCGAAAUCGAAGUUCCCUCAAGCAUACCACCAGAAUCACGCUCUCUUCCAUCCAAUCUCCGUUCGCAGUGGCUUUCUCGCAUCCCCUCAUCUUCAUCCACCAGCUCAUCAUCCUCUGCAAAGUCAAGCCACCACCAGCAGCAGCAGCGGCAGUCGUCUUCGCGUUCUCAGUCCCAACAGACAGACAUGGAAGUACGAAAGCGCCUUCUAGCACAGGAGCUUCUCGCUCCGCCGCCAGACUUGGAAACCAUCUCGCUGUCGCCCAACCAGUUCGACAUUGGAGGGCACCCGCUCGUGCCCGAUGCGGAAGAUCUCAUCGGCUUCGUCAGCACGGGCUCAUUUUCUCUUGCCAACGGGCGAGGGGCCGCCAUUGGCAGCAUAGCUGUGGAGAAGGUGUUGCCGGAUGUCAAGGCGAACCCAAAGGAGGGGAGACUGUGUAUCGUGAGGAAUGCGGGCGAAAAUGUCGGCUGGAUUGCAAGAUGGGAUGUCGUUUAGCGUACUUUUUAGAUAGAAGCCUGGGUUUUUUUUUGUAUUGUGUUGCUAUCGAUGAGCACUUGGUUUCAUGAGAUGAUGAUGAUUGCUCUCUUGCAACAUGGGGUAAUAGAGCUGC